AUGGCGUCCGGUAUCCAAGUACUGAAUCCUUCAAGUCCUGACCUUGCUUCACCUACAGAACCUCGGUGGUAUCUUGCAUACGGUAGUAAUCUCUCUGCCACUGGCUUCGUUGUUAAGCGUAACAUCACACCCAUCGACACAAAGGUUGUCAUUGUGGACGGUCUUGCCCUCACAUUUGACAAUCCAGGUGUACCCUACAUCGAACCUCGCUUUGCAAACUGUCGCUUGGUUGAACAAACCGAGCAGUGGUCACCAGGAAGUGCCUGGACAGGCGGUCAUGGCAGCCUCAUGGGUGUCGCGUAUCUCCUCUCUCCCGCCGACUUCCUCACUAUUCUACGCUCUGAGGGUGGUGGGACCUCAUACCAACCUCUGAUUACUCCUGCUGUGGCUCUUUCUGCGGAUGGGGCAAGAACUCAACAAGUCAUUAAUGCUUAUACUUUGCUUACGCCAACGACAAGACGUGGUACUGGUUACGCGUCAUUGCGAUACAUGAAUCUUCUUCGGAAUGGCGCUAGAGAACAACACAUGCCCGAGCCGUAUAUUGCAUAUCUCGAUUCAAUUCCCUCUUAUCGUAUCAAGUCAUUCCGCCAGAAGCUUGGUCGUCUCGUGCACAUUGUCGUAUGGAUGCCGGGGCUACUUGUAUUCUUCCGUAUCGUCGCUCGAGUGUCUGGUAAAACGGGCACAGCACCAAAACCCAUCCUUUGGACCCGAAGGGCAUUAUUUGGGACCAUGUGGGGACUUUACGAUUUGCUGAGCAAGUGGAUAUUCGGUGAUGGAGAAGCGUCGUCCUAA